CGUCGCCGGCGGCUGCGGCGGAACGACGGCCCCGCACCUCCCGCCGGGUCCCCGCCGCGGUCUCCGUCCUUGCACUUGCUGAAGCCGCGGGGCGCGCCUCGCUCCGGAAGGCGCAGGUAGGAGGCCGCGCGCCCCGCUCCGGGAGGAGCUCCCUGCCCGCGCUCGGCCUCCUGGAAGCCGCGGGCGGCCCCGGAGCGCCGGUUCCCGGGUGCGCGCCGCCACGAGCCGGGCCGAGCCUGCCGAGCGCGCCGCCGUGCGCUGCCCGGAGCCAUGCUCCUGCUGGGCAUCCUGAGCCUGGCACUGGCCGGGGGGCCCGCGGGCGGCUCGGAGCCCGAGCAGGAGGUGGUGGUCCCCAUCCGCCUGGACCCGGACAUCAACGGCCGCCACUACUACCGGGGGGGCGCCGAGGACCCCGGGGAGCAGGGGCUCAUUUUGCAGAUCACAGCGUUCCGGGAGGACUUUUACCUCCACCUGACGCCGGAUGCCCGGUUCCUGGCGCCCGCCCUCGCCACGGAGCGCCUGGGCGUCCGCCUGCCGGCGCUGGCCGCGGGCUCCCCGGACCUGCGGCGCUGCUUCUACUCCGGGGACGUGAACGGCGAGCCGGACUCGUUCGCCGCGGUGAGCCUGUGCGGGGGGCUCCGCGGCGCGUUCGGCUACAGGGGCGCCGAGUAUGUCCUCAGCCCGCUCCCCAACGCCAGCGCGCAGGCGGCGCCGCGCAACGGCCAGGGCGCACACCUCCUCCGGCGCCGGGGCGCCCCGGGCGGGCCCCCCGGGGACCCCACCUCUCGCUGCGGGGUGGCCUCGGGCUGGAACCCCGCCAUCCUGCGGGCGCUGGACCCGUACAAGCCGCGGGGGCCCGGCUUCGGGGAGGGUCGCAGCCGGCGGAGGUCCGGGCGCGCCAAGCGCUUCGUGUCCAUCCCGCGCUACGUGGAGACGCUGGUGGUGGCGGACGAGUCCAUGGUCAAGUUCCACGGCGCCGACCUGGAGCACUACCUGCUGACGCUGCUGGCCACGGCGGCGCGCCUCUACCGCCAUCCGAGCAUCCUCAACCCCAUCAACGUCGUCGUGGUCAAGGUGCUGCUUCUCGGCGACCGCGACGCGGGGCCCAAGGUCACGGGCAACGCGGCCCUGACGCUGCGCAACUUCUGCGCCUGGCAGAAAAAGCUGAACAAAGUGAGCGACAAGCACCCGGAGUACUGGGACACGGCCAUCCUCUUCACCAGGCAGGACCUGUGUGGGGCCACCACCUGUGACACGCUGGGCAUGGCUGAUGUGGGCACUAUGUGCGACCCCAAGAGAAGUUGUUCUGUGAUCGAGGAUGAUGGGCUUCCAUCAGCCUUCACCACUGCCCAUGAGCUGGGCCACGUGUUCAACAUGCCCCAUGACAAUGUGAAAGUGUGUGAGGAGGUGUUUGGGAAACUCCGAGCCAACCACAUGAUGUCCCCAACACUCAUCCAGAUUGACCGGGCCAACCCCUGGUCGGCCUGCAGCGCUGCCAUCAUCACCGACUUCCUGGACAGUGGGCAUGGCGACUGCCUCCUGGACGCGCCCAGCAAGCCCAUCUCCCUGCCUGAGGACCUGCCGGGUGCCAGCUACACCCUGAGCCAGCAGUGCGAGCUGGCCUUUGGCGUGGGCUCGAAGCCCUGUCCCUACAUGCAGUACUGCACCAAACUGUGGUGCACGGGAAAGGCGAAGGGGCAGAUGGUGUGUCAGACCCGCCACUUCCCCUGGGCAGAUGGCACCAGCUGCGGGGACGGCAAGUUCUGCCUCAAGGGGACCUGCGUGGAGAGACAUAACCUUAAUAAGUACAGGGUGGACGGCUCCUGGGCCAAGUGGGAGCCCUACGGUGCCUGCUCACGCACCUGCGGCGGGGGCGUGCAGCUGGCCCGGAGGCAGUGCAGCAACCCCACCCCCGCUAACGGAGGCAAGUACUGCGAGGGAGUGAGAGUGAAAUACCGAUCCUGCAACCUGGAGCCCUGCCCCAGCUCAGCUUCCGGCAAGAGCUUCCGGGAGGAGCAGUGUGAGGCUUUCAAUGGCUAUAACCAUAGCACCAACCGGCUCACCCUUGCCGUGGCGUGGGUGCCCAAGUACUCUGGCGUUUCUCCCCAGGACAAGUGCAAGCUCAUCUGCCGAGCCAAUGGCACUGGCUACUUCUAUGUGUUGGCACCCAAGGUGGUGGAUGGUACGCCAUGUACUCCUGACUCCACCUCGGUCUGUGUCCAAGGCAAGUGCAUCAAGGCUGGCUGCGACGGGAACCUGGGCUCCAAGAAGAAAUUCGACAAGUGUGGGGUGUGUGGGGGUGACAAUAAGAGCUGUAAGAAGGUGACAGGCCUCUUCACCAAGCCCAUGCACGGCUACAAUUUCGUGGUGGCCAUCCCCGCGGGCGCCUCGAGCAUCGACAUCCGCCAGCGUGGCUACAAGGGCCUGAUCGGCGACGACAACUACCUGGCGCUCAAGAACAGCCAAGGCAAGUACCUGCUCAACGGGCACUUCGUGGUGUCGGCCGUGGAGCGGGACCUGGUGGUGAAGGGCAGCCUGCUGCGCUACAGCGGCACCGGGACGGCGGUGGAGAGCCUGCAGGCCUCGCGGCCCAUCCUGGAGCCCCUGACCGUGGAGGUGCUCUCCGUGGGCAAGAUGACGCCGCCCCGCGUGCGCUACUCCUUCUACCUGCCCAAGGAGCCGCGGGAGGAUAGGGCGCCCGCCGAGCCCCGCGGGGCCCCGGGCCUGCUGGACGGCGCGCCCGGCCUCUCCAACCAGGUGGAGCCGCAGGGCCCGCGGGCGGCCGGGCGCUGGGUGGCGGGCGGCUGGGGGCCCUGCUCGGCCAGCUGCGGCGGCGGCGGCCUGCAGAGGCGCCCGGUGGACUGUCGGGGGCCCGCGGGCCCGCGCCCGCCCUCCGCCUGCCGCCCCGCGCCCCGGCCCGCGGACACCAGGGCCUGCGGCGAGCCCUGCGCCUCCUGGCAGCCGGGGGCCUGGUCGCCCUGCUCCAAGAGCUGCGGCCGCGGGUUCAAGCGGCGGGCGCUCCAGUGCCUGGGGCCCGGCGGGCGGCUGCUGGCCCGGGACCGCUGCGACCUGCGCCGCAAGCCCCAGGAGCUGGACUUCUGCGCCGCCCGGCCGUGCUGA